UCCGACAUGAGAGCUACUCUCGCUUCUAUUGCCCUGAACCUGUCGCCGAUUGUCGUGAGCGCGGCCUCUUACGGUCUGUUCGACUCAUCGACUUGUGUCGACAAGUCUGGCUUCGAGCAAUGCUACAAUUCUUUGGACGAGGCUUGGAGAUCUUGCAUCAGCAACUAUUGUGGAGGUUCGACUUACGUUGCGAGCUGCAAGGGCGAUACUGCUUGCGUCCGCAAAAACUGCCCUAACCUUGGUAUUGAUUGCAUCAAUGCUUGCGAUUGUAUCCGCAAUACCGAGCGUAUCGCUUGUGCGGCAGGAAGCUGUUGGAAUNNCAGGUAUAAUCAUGCUGCCAACGCUAGAUAUGCAAGUAUCGUGCAGAUUAGCUCACACACUGCGCAGGCCUACUCUUGCGAGUAUGAGGGAGCAGUCCUCGACGUGCUGAAUAAAUGUCUCGAUGUAGACGAGGCGGCCAUUCCGUAUUCCUUAACACCUGACUCGGCGCCAGGAUCGUGUAGUUGUAACCAGCUAAAGCUGGUAUCGACGCUGGGAAAGAUCGCCGAGCAAGUCACAACAUGCGGUAACAAUCAAACAAAUCUGGACACACUGACCACUGCGGCAGAUGUCAGCGAUUACGGGUUAGAGUGUCUUUGCUGCCAGUAUACUUAUAUUGUAUCAUCNGUACGUUUCUGGAAAGUCUGCCCAAACACCCAACCAGCACUUAUCGCAGCCGACGAUUAUGCUUCUCUCUUCCAAAGGCACUACGACGAGUGCUCGAAACUGCUGCCCAACAUCAACUGUGAACGCGGCCUAGGAUUUGGCGCAGCGGUAGGCGAUGCCAUGUCUGGCUACUAUGCUUUCAACAGCCUUCCGGAAAACGGCACUGAAACAUUGUACAACAAGGAGGGUGCGCUGGCGACGCCAACCCAAGCCACCAUUGUCUGGACAACGAUAUCGGGGCAGCCGCCCAUCACGAUUGUCGCAGCGCAAGCGCCAAAAGACUCUGGCAAGACAUAUGCAUCCGCGGCGGCAAGCAAGACUGGCAGUGCAUUGACUUCUGGCGGCCGGGAUGCUGCUUCUGCUUCUGCUUCUGCUUCGGCUCCGCCAACAUCUGAUGCAGCUACCAGAGCACGUAAUUCAUGA